AUGCCUUCCAUGGCAGAAGAGCCGCUUCUUACUCCAACCCCAGACAGAUUCUGUAUGUUCCCGAUUCACUACCCACAGAUCUGGGAGAUGUACAAGAAGGCCGAAGCAUCGUUUUGGACGGCGGAGGAAGUCGAUCUAUCUCAGGACGGUCGCGACUGGGAGAAUCUCAACGACGGCGAGCGGCACUUCAUCAAACACGUCCUCGCCUUCUUCGCCGCCUCAGACGGAAUCGUUCUGGAGAAUCUCGCUUCUCGAUUCAUGUCCGAUGUUCAAGUCUCGGAGGCGCGUGCUUUCUACGGGUUCCAGAUCGCGAUCGAGAACAUCCAUUCCGAGAUGUACAGUCUCCUCCUCGACACUUACAUCAAGGACAACAAGGAGAGAGACCAUCUGUUUCGCGCAAUCGAAACCAUCCCUUGCGUCGCGAAGAAGGCGCAGUGGGCGAUGACGUGGAUCGACGGAUCCCAGACUUUCGCGGAGCGUAUCGUCGCCUUCGCCUGCGUCGAAGGCAUCUUCUUCUCCGGUAGCUUCUGCUCGAUUUUCUGGCUGAAGAAACGCGGGCUCAUGCCGGGACUAACCUUCUCCAACGAGUUGAUCUCUCGAGACGAAGGCUUGCACUGCGAUUUCGCGUGCCUCAUCUACACUCUGUUGAGGACGAAGCUCUCGGAGGAGCGCGUGAAGUCGAUCGUCUGCGACGCCGUCGAGAUCGAGAGGGAGUUUGUGUGCGACGCGCUUCCCUGCGCGUUGGUGGGGAUGAACCGGGACCUGAUGAGCCAGUAUAUCGAAUUUGUUGCGGAUAGGCUUUUGGGUGCGCUUGGGUACGGGAAGGUGUACGGUGUGGCGAAUCCGUUUGAUUGGAUGGAGUUAAUCUCGCUUCAGGGUAAAACAAACUUCUUCGAGAAGCGAGUGGGUGAUUACCAGAAGGCCUCCGUUAUGUCUAGCGUUAACGGAAACGGCGCGUUUGAUAACCAUGUCUUCUCGCUCGACGAGGAUUUCUAG